AUGCCUUCGUUGCAGCAGCAGUCUUCUGAUAUGACAUGUAAAGAGUUUGUAGCAAGUUGUCUCUCAGGCCUAGUUCUUAAUCUAUCUAUCUAUCUAUCUAUCUAUCUAUCUAUCUAUCUAUCUAUAUAUAUAUAUAUAUAUCCAUUCUGUCAGUUACUACAGAAAUUUCACCGACCCUCUGUAUGCACCAUUAAUUUUCCCGGUGCCAUUAGACGGUUUAGCGUACUUAGGAAAGUUGUUGUAUCCAAGGAAAGUAUAUCUCGGCAUGGGGACAUAAAAUUAUUAAAUCCAAUUUUUGUCCAUAUACGAUUACUACACAGAAGUCCCUCAUUUAAUAAACAAGAUUAUUACCAGGUUUUAGGAGUUUCAAGGAAUGCUAACCAAAGUGAAAUAAAGAAGGCCUAUUAUCAGCUGGCCAAGAAAUAUCAUCCAGAUGUCAACAAAGAUGAUCCAACAGCUGCUAGGAAAUUCCAAGAAGUUUCUGAAGCUUAUGAGGUGCUGGGAGACACAAACAAGAGAAAAGAAUAUGAUUUAUUUGGAAUGACUGGACAGCAAGCUGGCUUUGGGCGACAGCAACAUCAAGGUUUCAGACAAUCAAGGGCGGGUUUUGAAAAUUUUCAGAGUACAAUCAACCCUGAAGAAUUGUUCCGGAAAAUUUUUGGAGAUGCUGGCUUCCGAAUGUCUGGCUUUACAGACUUUCAAGAUUUUGAAGAGUCAAAAUUUGGUUUUGCACCAGCCUCUGAGAUUUUCAUGAGCUUGUCUUUUGAGGAGGCAGCACGUGGUAUAAAUAAAGAAAUAAAUGUGAAUGUCAAGGACACUUGUCCUAAAUGUCAGGGUAGGAAAGCAGAACCAGGCACAAAACCUGUUAGAUGUCACUACUGCAAUGGUACAGGAGUGGAAACGGUGAGUACUGGCCCAUUUGUGAUGCAGACAACUUGUCGGAGAUGUCAUGGGACCAAAAUCCUUAUCAAAACCCCUUGUACAGAAUGCAGUGGUAAAGGACAAACUAUAUUGCGCAAAAAAGUAACAGUACCUGUUCCUGCUGGAGUGGAAGAUGGCCAGACUGUGAGAAUGUCAGUUGGCACUCAAGAACUUUUUAUCACUUUUAAGGUUGCAAAAAGCAAGUUGUUUCGUCGUGAAGGUGCCGACAUCCAUAGUGAUGCUUAUAUCGGUUUGUCACAAGCAGUCUUAGGAGGUACAAUAAAGAUUCCUGGAAUUUAUGGAAGGCACAUUGUCAAUAUUCCGUCAGGCACCCAAUCACAUGAUUACAUCAUGUUACCUCGGAAAGGCAUUUCUAAAGUAAAUAGCACAGGUUUUGGAGACCAUUAUGUACAUAUACGGAUUUCAAUACCAAGAUCUCUAACAUCUUCACAAAAGGCACUUAUUUUAGCCUAUGCUGAGAUUGACAAAGAAGUUAGUGGUACUGUUAAUGGUGUAGUUGACACUACUUCUGAUGGGAAGGAGGAAAGCACAGAAAAUGUUGCGGGACAGAAAGCGCCCCCCAAAUCAGAACCUUACACAAAAAUAUGCCGAAAGGGGCGCCAGGUGAUGGAUGAUGAUGAUGGCCUGAUAUCACGGAUACGAGACACUGUGAAAAACUUUCAUGAUGAUGAUGGAGAGUCUACAAAAAAGAAAAAAGAUGCUCUAUAA